GGUCAGACAUUAGCAGACAUUGCCAAUAAACUGUUGUGCCUUUUAACGUCGGAUAUUUUUUGUAUUAAAAUUACCAAACUUUUUUUUUCUGUCAAAUCGAUUAAUGGUUGUGAUAGUGUUUCCAUUUUACUAAUAUGAAUAAAUAUGGACAUCGGAAGGAACGAGACUAUUUACCAGAGUCUUCCUAUUCCCUCCCUCCAAAUGAAUACUACGACAAUCCAUUGUAUUCCCACCCCACAAAAGUAGGCCACUCGGCCCUAGGUGUGUACCCGGAUUACCUCCCACAGACGCCCAGCACCCUCUACCCAUAUGGAUAUCGGGCAAAAGAGGGCUCGCUGGACCGGCUGCACGAGACAGCGUCAUCCCGAUCCCGAUCUCGGAAAACGGCACGGAUCGUGUGGACACUGGUGGCUGUUGUAUUUGUUACUGCCAUAGUCGCUGGAACAGCCGUUAUUAUCUAUCUCACUAGUCAAUCUUCGAAUAAGAAAGAGAUGCCAAAAGCGUACGCCUUCAAAGGAAGUUUGAAAUCACAGCAGCAAUGGAAUGCGCAGUACAGCGACAAAAAUUCGGCAGCUUAUAGAGAUGCAGCGAGAGAUUUUGAAAUAAUGAUGAAAGGCGUAUAUACAAACACAGACCUUGAAGCCCAGUAUGGCUAUACAACUGUGGAGGAUAUCAAGGAGGGGAGUGUGGUGUUCGUCUACGUUGUAGUAUUUUACCCGCCAUCAUCCACCAGUGGUUCUGACGUCACGGUUACUUCCGUCCAGAAUCAUCUACAACAAGCCGUAACCGACGGGAAGAUUUCCCAGUUGAACCCAAAUAUUGUUGUAGAUCCCACAACAACCGUCAGCCUUCAAGAAAUAUCACUCAGUGAGCUACCGACUACUUCAUCAACAUUGCCGACAACAACAGUUGAGCAAACCACAACAACGACAACAACGACAGAAACGCCUACAACAACAACAGAAACACCCACAACAACAACAACGCCAACAACAACAACACCCAAACCAACAACAACGCAAAAACCAACAACAACAACAGAAAUGCCCACAACAACAACGCCAGAACCCACAACAACACCCGUAACAACAGAAAUGCCUACAACAACAACACCAGAACCCUCAACAACACCCGUAACAACAGAAAUGCCUACAACAACAACGCCAGAACCCUCAACAACAACUGAAAUGCCCACAACAACUACUACACUAGAACCAACAACAACAACAACAACAGAGCCAACAACAACGUUAAUGCAAGAGCAAACAACAAAAGCGUCAGAGCCCACAACAACAGAAGGUUCAAUGAGUAUCCCUACAACAUCACAGAGCUCAACCAUACCAACAACUACUACUGAACGACCAACGACAACAGAAGCUCCCCCUCAGCCUAUUAUAUUUGAUGGGACGAUCAAAGUAAACCAAACUUGGGAUGACAAAUUAAAUGACACAAGCAAUCCAGAGUAUCAAACGGUUAAAGACGACUUCGAAAACACCAUGGACACUCUGUACAGGAAUAGUUCCUUUGGUGACAGAUACAACAGCACUCACGUGACCGGGAUUCAGAAAGGGAGUAUAAUUUUCAUUUACAUUAUUAUCUUCAACCCUGACCCCCCUACUCCCCCGCCCCCAACUCCCUCGACGAACUCUACAGAGGAUAAGAAUGUCACCUUCGCCAUCCCAGCACCCACUCGACCUGUCCCCAUUAUAACCGUCUCCAUGGUAACCACGGUGUUGACGACAGCGAUCACCACGGGCGAGAUUAAGAAGAUCUCCACGACAAUAGUCAUCGAUGAAACCUCUGUCGUUGAGGUUGAAGAGAGAACAACAACGACGACCACAACAACGACGACCACAACAACCACACCAGCAACGACAACAACUGAAACAACACAACCACCUUCUACAACUACAACAACACCUACGACAACAACAAUGCCCACGACAACAACUAAAACAACACCGACAACAACACCCACGAUUACAACAACUCCCAAGACAACAACUAAAACAACAACACCGACGACAACAACAACGCCCAAGACAACAACAACAACGACAACGACACCCACGAUUACAACAACUCCCAAGACAACAACUAAAACAACAACACCGACAACAACACCAACGAAAACAACAUCAACGCCCACGACAACAAUAGCACCGACAACAUCACCAACGAGAACAACAACAACGCCCACAACAACAACAACUAAAACAACAACAACCAUGAUGACGCAAGCGCCUUCCAAAACAACAACACCUAUGACAACAGUUGAGACUCCAACAACAGAGGAAUCAGUGACACCUCCAUCGAAAGAUCUAGCCGAGAUGGUUGUAUUGACUGACGUGGAAUUGCACCAGGUUCCGUACCACCCUGACUAUGCCGAUCCUAGUAGUUUUAUGUACAAGAGUAUGGAGUCCACUGUCACUUCAACGGUGGAUUCAAUAUAUAAUGCGAGUUUUGUCGACAAAAACUACAUGGGAUGUGAAGUGAAGAGCAUGAGUCGUCAUGGACUAGGAGUGUUGAUCACCUACGGCCAGUUCUUCCACAAACGCACUAUGGCUAUGCCAAAUAAUGACACUAUGACCAUGUCGAAGAUGGUUGUCUACAAUGUCACAACAAGUAGAUUGCCAUCUCUGAAUGCAGUGCUUGGACUCAAUGUGACAUACAAAGAUAUCCACACCAGAGAAGAAGGCAUGGAAUCAUCCACCUGUUCGUUUGAAAGUUCUGAUGAGAAUUGUUUUAUAAGAAAUAGCUCAGACACCUGGACAAGAAGGAAUAGUUCAGUGGAUUCUCAUGACUAUGGGUCAUUUUCAGCAUACAGUGGGGAAUACUACAUGUUUACCACAGCACCCACAAACUUGAAUUUCACAAUGUUUCUGAAUACCACACGUUGCUUGAGUUUCUACUACCGCAUGAAUGGAUCAUCCUCGAGCUACCUGAGAAUAUAUGAUUACUAUUUUGGGUAUAUCUGGAUAAGGUCAGGAGACCAUGGCUCGAGGUGGUAUCGUGGUGAAGUCGAAAUCAGCCCACUUGGACAACGUCUGCUUAAUCUGAUCGCUUUCCCUGGAAUUAGUUACGGUGCCAUUGCCGUUGACUUUUUGAACCUUGACGAGAGACCAUGUAAUUUUACAUCAUCAUCAUCCAGAACAACUGAUGCACCGACGACAACGGCAGCAACUCCAACAGUCAGAACAACUCCAACGUUAACAACACCACCAUUUCCCACCAGUUCACCUGGGUCAUGUGGAGGGAAUUUUACUGACGUGACUUACAUGGAAAUCACAAGUCCAAACUAUCCCAAUAAUUAUCCAAACAGUGCAUACUGCUCAUGGAACAUUGCUGUACAGAGGGAUUUUGUUGUCAGAAUAAUUGUCCUGAACUUUAACACUGAAAGUGGCUAUGAUAGUGUUCGGAUUUACAAUGAUGUGGGAGGGAUAAUUCGAAGUUACUCUGGUACCUUAUCAAGUGGAACUACAAUACAAACUAGAGAGGAUUCAGUCAGAAUAGUGUUUAACUCUGAUAGUUCUGUAUCAAGAACUGGAUUUCAUUUCCGGAUAGAGGCAGUUGAACCACAACCAGUUUCUUGUGCAUACUAUGAAGUACCUUGCCCAAAUGGUAAGAAGUGCAUCUAUCGGUCCCAACUGUGUGACAGCCUCUUUGAUUGUCCAAGCGGGUUUGAUGAGCUGUACUGCUCAGGAGGAAAUGGGUCAACAACCUCUGCUUAUCCCUCCAAUGUGUCAACAACCACUGUUUAUCCCUUUAAUACUACCACAGUCAGUCCUGGACCCUCCAACAUCACCGGAGACACCCCCAGUCCAUCACCAGCCACCAAUAUCUCACACCUUGAGGUCAGAUUGGUCAAUGGUUUGAGUUGCUAUGAAGGACGAGUGGAAGUUAAAGUAAAUGGUGUUUGGGGCAUACUCUGUGCUGACAACUUAACAACAACUGAUGCUACAGUUAUCUGCAGAAUGGUAACUCCAAUGUUUACAUCAGCUGUUGUGAUGCCGUCAGGGUAUUAUGGGAAUGCUGCAGAUGACGUCCCCUCCUAUUUCAGUGGACUGCACUGUAGGGGUUUUGAGAACUCACUUUCGCAAUGUUUGUACAACAGAAAUGAAUCGUCCUGUCCUGAAUCCCAGAGAGAUGCCGCUGUAUCGUGUGGAGGAAUAGAUCCAGUUGUCAUCCCAGGUAAAGAUAUAGGUGCUGACCUAAUGAACUGCAGCUUUGAGUCAAGUUAUUGGGAGUCAGAAUUGAGUUGUGGACUAACUCAAAUGACCAAUGACAACUUUGAUUGGAGGCGAUAUUCAGGAUCUUCACCGAGUUCUUCAACAGGACCAUCAUAUGCUUCUGAUGGAAGAUAUUAUCUCUACAUUGAGACAUCUAAUAGUUAUAACAAUGCAAAUCAUGUUUUGAUAUCCAGGACUUUCAAUACCGUUACUAAUGGUGGAUGUCUUCGAUUUGAUUACCACAUGUAUGGAACCACCAUCAACACCCUGAAUGUCAAUGUUUCCACGGUAGAAAAUGGCACCCAAAGGUUGUGGUGGAGACAUGGAAACCAAGGAAAUGUGUGGUCAAAUGCUAUUGUUCCUCUACCCAGAAGCUCCUCCUUGAGGAUUCUGAUUGAGGCAACGGCUGGCAGCAGUUAUACAGGAGAUAUUGCCAUUGAUAACGUUAAUGCAAGGCCUACAGAAUGUUCAGGAGUUUCCCUAUUCCAGAUGAAAUGUGAGUUUGAAUAUACCAAUUGGGCAAAUGAUAGAAGUUGCAAUCUAAAUCAAGUUUACGGCAUUGACAACUUUGAUUGGACCCGACGAUCUGGGUAUACUCCAAGUUCAAAUACAGGACCAUCCUCAGCAUCUCAGGGAUCCUACUACAUGUACAUAGAGACUACCUCAAAAAGAUACGGUCAGAAUGCUGUGUUGAUGUCCUCAGAAAUGAAUACAACUAAUGGUGGAUGUCUUCGAUUUGAUUACCACAUGUAUGGAUCCACCAUCAACACCCUGAAUGUCAAUGUCUCCACGGUAGCAAGUGGCACCCAGAGGUUGUGGUGGAGGUAUGGAAACCAAGGAAACAACUGGUUACAUGGUGCUGUCUCACUGCCCCAGCUUGCAUCUUUGCAGAUUUUGAUUGAGGCAACAGCUGGUAGUAGUUACACUGGAGAUAUAGCUAUUGAUAAUGUGAUUUUGAAUGAGGAUCCCAAUUGUACAGUUGAUGAACCAGAUAUGUACAAGUGUGAUUUUGAAGAUACUUAUUGGUACACAAACUGCUUUUUACAACAAGAGAACUUUGAUUCAUCUUACUGGAUCCGAUCUACUUAUACUUCCACAGCAGGGACUGGUCCAAGUUUGGCACAUGCAGGAAGAUACUUCAUAUAUCUAGAAGCAGACUAUGUUUCAACAGGAGGAAAUGCAGUCCUAUCUGUCAAACCAUAUGCAAUCAAAAAUGUGUCACAGUGCUUGGUUUUCUACUACUCUAUGUAUGGUAGCACAAUGGGGUCCUUAAGGGUGAACAAGAUUUCAGCUGAUAACAGAACCAGUAUUCUGUGGCAGAAACAGGGUGACCAGGGCUCAGCCUGGAACCAGGCUUAUGUUGACCUUGUUAACUCUGAUGCAAAUACGAAAAUAACCAUAGAGGCAAUAAGGGGGCCUGGCAGAUAUUCAGACAUUGCUAUUGAUGAUGCCUAUCUUUUUGAUGGAAACUGCAACCCAUCGUCCUGUGCCUCUCAUAUGGACACCAGUGUGAACUGCACCUUUGAUAGGACGACUUGUAGCUACAAUAACACUGACGGCCAGUCCUCAUGGAGCUUGAGUGACACUGGCAGCACUGGGGGUGAACUUCCGAUGGAUCACACUUCAGGCAAAGGUACCUACAUGUAUUACCAGAACCUACAAGGAAAUGAAGGCGAUAGUGGUACACUGGAGUCUCCAAGCUUUUCGUCGCCUGACAAUGCCCGGUUCAGUUUUUACUACCAUAUGAAUGGGGCCAUGACGGGACACUUGACCGUGUGGGCAGCAAACAGUUCAGGAUUUAUACUGGGAGAUGUCCUCUUACAGAGACAGGGGGAGCAGGGAGAUCAGUGGUACUACUUCUGUACUUCUCUGCCAUCUCGGGAAACAAUGUCAUUACAUUUCAAAGGAACUCGUGGCACACUUGGAAACAACCACAUAGCAAUUGACGAUGUGGUCAUUGACAACGGAGAUUGUCCUUAUGGACUAAAGGAUGGUCUCUGUGACUUUGGACAGCCUGCUAUCUGCAGCUACUCGGUGAACUGUACAGGAUGUAGGCAGGAGUCGCCUUCCUAUAGGUGGAGGAGGACAUCUGGACCAGCUCCAAGCUUACACACCGGACCUAGAGGGGACUCGGGCAGGGACUCGGACCCUGGAGGAUACUAUCUGAAUGUGGAUGCCAGUUAUGGAAACCAAGGAGACACUACUGCAGUAUCCUUCCCAGAAUUCCUUGUUAACAGCCAAGCUCUCGUACUGACAUUUGACUAUCACAUGUAUGGAGAAGAUGUUGGGAGCUUGCUUAUGCAGGUCUUUGAUAUCACAUCCAACACAAAAAGACAUUUGUGGACCAAAUCUGGAAGUCAAUGGAACAGUUGGGCUUCUUCCUGUGUCAGUUUGUCUGAGUUUUCUGGUAGAACAGUAGAGAUUUCUUUCAUUGCUGUGAGAGGCCCUGGACCCUUAGGAGAUAUUGCCAUUGAUAACAUUCAGUUGUCACCCAGUUGUCCAUUCUCUGCUGACCCUGUUAGCUGUGACUUCGAAUCUUUGUGUAAAUACCAGACUGUGAAUACCUCGAAAUCUUGUCAGUCUUCAACCUUGAGCUGGCGGAAAGUCCAGCCAGCCAGAGACGGAGGACGUGUGUAUCAAGACCAGACUCUGCAGUCCAGAUAUGGGCACUUCUGGAUUGUUGAGAACCAGGAUAGCAGUCUGAGGAACCAGUCCACUGGGGGUCAGGGAGGGGAUCAAGCUCUGCUGGUGUCCCCUACAAUGUCACUCAGAGGCGACAGCUCACUCAGUCUCUACUUCCAGAAAGCCAACCAGACCAAACUCACCAUUGGAUAUUUUCUAGCAUCAGAGUUGAAAUUUAAUCCACGUUUGCCAGGCGUAGUUGAGCUGUCGGAUUCCUUCUCUGGCUACGAGACCCUCUGGUCCACUUUGAACCCUGCCCCGGUCUGGACCCAGGCUUGUAUAGAUGUGGGACAUACCAUAGACAAUGUAGUCCUGGUGUUUAUUCUGGAAUGUAGCUCUCUCAGCCAAGACUGUUACGCUGCUAUUGAUGAUGUUUCUGUGAACACAACUCAUAAAUGUUCAGUCCCAUUUUUGGAAACUGGAUGUACCUUCAACUUAACAGACCAAUGUCGAGAAACUAUCAGUUCUCAGGGCACUUGCAACUUGUUUGGUCCAGAAUUUUUGUGGACCCACAGCAGUACUCUAUUCUCCCAGCCUCCAGGCAUGCCAUAUCCUGGGGAUUUCGUGUAUGCAAGCUCUGUGUUUGGUAAACCAGGAGAUAAAACGACCAUGGAUCUCCCACCUUUUAAUGCAAUGAAGGAUUCCUCUAUAACAUUUAAUGUAUACCACUAUGGAAAAUCCUAUUUGCAUGUCACAGCAGACAUCAAACUCAGCAAUGGAGGCCAUAGUGUUCAGGUGAACUAUGUGAGUUACUUCAGUGUGGGUUGGAACAAAGUAUGCCUUGAUCUUGAGGAGGGAGAAGCCAGUGGGGUAUCAUUUACUACACUCAGAAGUCAGGAACCAUUCAGCUUGGUGGCUGUGGAUGACAUCCUCUACAAUGAGCAGCCCUGUCCUGUGGUGUCAGUUAACUGCACUUUUGAUGAAGAUUUGUGUGGAUAUACAGCAGAUUCGGACUGGUCUUUGGAAAGGAGGGCAAACUCUUCUACCAAUGGAUCCUAUGCAAUGGCCCAAAGAGCAAUGUACUACUCAACUGUCACCUCGGUUUUGGUGUCUCCACUUGUCACUGGGGUCGGAAACUCAUCAUGCGUGCAGCUGGAGAUGAUGAAGUCUACAUCAGAUCGUGAUGCUUUCAAAAUAAUACUGAUGGAUUUGCAAACAGGAAUGAAUAUUACAACAUAUUCAGGGUAUACCUAUGCCAGACAAUGGAGGUGGAUGAACGUGCCGUCCAACUUCAGUGCCUACUACAUCAUAAUGACGGUGUCCUAUUACUCUUAUUACACCUAUGCUGGAAUUGACAACAUCAGAGUUACCCCCGACUUCUGUCCGCCGAUAGAAUGUGAUGCUGAUGAAUUACUCUGUGGUAAUGGGGUGGUGUGCUAUCCAGCAAGUAAAAAAUGUGAUGGCAGCCUUGAUUGUGAAGAUGCUAGUGAUGAAAUAGAGUGUGGAGAGCCCUCGGUGGACUGUGACUUCAACAGAGUACACAUCUGUGGAUACAGUGGGUCCAACUCCAGAUGGUAUCCCUAUGUGGAUCACACCAAGAUGCUAGUACCAUCCAAUGAAUCAGGAGGCGCUGUGGCCCUGUUUUACUCCUCAUUUUCUCUUGCACUACUGAACACACCCCCGAUCAACAUUACCCAGGACUCAUGCUUUACGUUCUACACCAUGGCUGGGUAUAGCAGAUAUAUCCCCUCUCUUCUACGAGUGGUCAGAAACGAAUCAAACACUCUGUCGUCGUUGGCAAGUUUUGACACAACCAUCAAGAACUUCUGGAUACGGCGCAGUGUUAAUGUCAGUCAAGGAGAGUUUGGACUUCUGUUUGAGUUUUCUCCACUCCAUUCUACAAGCUUAGGCAAUGUAGAUUUUAUGUAUAUUGAUGAUGUUCAGCUUAGGGAUGGAUAUUGUAAAAAGCAAGAAUGUGGAGCUAACCAGAUUUACUGUAGUGUGGAGGACUCAUGCAUAUCUAAAGACUUGCAGUGUGAUCAGAACAAUGACUGCUUCGCUGGGGAGGAUGAAGAGGGAUGUGAUUUCAACAUAACAUGCGAUUUUAACAAUGGUCUGUGUGGAUAUAAAAGUACAUGGACGUUAGUAGACGAAUUUAUGGGACUCAAUUCUACUGAGGGUAAUUAUUCGGAUCAGUUCCUUGUGUCGGGCAGUAACGGAACCACACUCAACAGGACUUUGGUAUCCCCCUCAGUUUUGGCCCCUGGAUAUUCAUGUCUCUCCUUAGAUGUAGCAAAAUUCCAUCUCCAUCCUUACUCUGCAUCCUUCCUGAAUGUCAGUGCUUAUCAGCCAUAUAAUCGAUACUCUUUAGUAGUCAAUGACUUUGGUCUGCUGAACAGUUCCUGGAAGCAUUAUGAAUUAACAGUUCAAACGUACUACUACCCGUAUAAUCUCUCUCUUCAAAUAUCUGCCACCACUUUUCAAGCCUACAUUGCUGUGGAUAAUGUGAAAAUUGUGCCUGGAUAUUGCCAGUCAGAUGGAUAUUCAUCAACCACUCCAUCACCCAAUCCAUGGUGGUCUACAACACAUUAUCCAUGGGGAAAUUCAACAAGUAGUCCAUGGUGGGGAAAUACAACGCCUAAUCCUUGGAUGUGGAACUCAACUAGCAGUCCAUGGAUGUGGAACACAACAAGUAGUCCAUGGAUGUGGAAUACAACAAGUAGUCCGUGGAUGUGGAACACAACAAGUAGUCCAUGGAUGUGGAACACUACAAGUAGUCCGUGGAUGUGGAAUACAACAAGUAGUCCGUGGAUGUGGAACACUAAAAGUAGUCCGUGGAUGUGGAACACAACAAGUACCGGUAGUCCGUGGAUGUGGAACACAACUAGUAGUCCAUGGAUGUGGAACACAACAAGUAGUCCGUGGAUGUGGAACACAACAAGUAGUCCAUGGUGGGGAAAUACAACGCCUAAUCCUUGGAUGUGGAACUCAACUAGCAGUCCAUGGAUGUGGAAUACAACAAGUAGUCCAUGGAUGUGGAACACAACGAGUAGUCCAUGGAUGUGGAACUCAACUAGUAGUCCAUGGAUGUGGAACACAACAAGUAGUCCAUGGUGGGCUUCCACACAAAAUUCAUGGGGAAAUUCAACAAGUAGUCCAUGGUGGGCUUCCACACAAAAUUCAUGGGGAAAUUCAACAAGUAGUCCAUGGUGGGGAAAUACAACACCAAGUCCGUGGAUGUGGAACUCAACUAGCAGUCCAUGGAUGUGGAACACAACAAGUAGUCCAUGGUGGGCUACAACACAAUAUCCAUGGGGAAAUUCAACAAGUAAUCCAUGGUGGACUUCAACCCCUUUGCCAUGGUGGACAUCAAGUCCAUCUUGGUCUUCAUCAACAACCAGCAUACCUUUUACAGAUGAUGGCUGUUACCUGAUAUCAGAUUAUACGUGCCAGCUUUCUUACAACACAACAAUGCUACCAAAUGUGUUCGGGCAUACUGACCUUAACACCAUUCAGUACCAAUUGAUGGGAUUGAACCAGCUUAUGUAUCAGAGUUAUUAUGUCCCAUCAGCCUGUGUCACUCCCAUAAUGCAGUUGUCGUGUGAAAUGAUGUACCCCAAAUGUGAAAAUGGAACCACUGAACAAAUCUGUAGAAAUUCCUGCAUGGCUGUGUCGGAUCUGUAUUCGAAUGAAUGCUCACAAUACUUGCUAGGCUACAAUGUUUCGGAUUUCAUCAACUACUAUUGCAGCUUUCUGCCCAAGGAGAGCUGUCGUAAAGUGGCCUACAAUAUCAGUGAAGACAUCAUUCCAACACCAACCUACAGUCCUCCCUCAUCGACUUCACGACCCAUGAUUAGUGGGGUGAGGUUCCGUGCAGGCAGUGGGACUCGCAAGUCAGGAGUGGUGGAGCUUCAGUACAACGGCGUGUGGCUACCCAUAUGCAACAGAUACUUCUAUGAUUAUAAUGCAGAUAUCCUGUGUAAAGAACUAGGAUUUGGAGGAGGAAAUAAAGGGACUUCUGUAAAUGGAACUUAUUCUCAAUCAUACACGCUGUCCUGUUACUACAAUCAGCUGGGGCUGGAUGGCUGCUCUGUCUAUGUGGAGAACUAUUGCUAUACAUAUUCUAAUAUCAGCUGCUUUGAUAAUACACCCACAUGUUCUUUCGAUGGAGUUGGUGAACACUGUGGCUAUGACUUAGGCUCGUGGGUUUUGGACUCCAGUAGUGUGGUGCUGAGAUACGGAGGGCACUCCAGUGUCACAUCCUCAGAAUUCACCAGCCCCAGGAAAGGGAGUGUCCGAUUUUUGUUCAAAAUGACCAACCAAAUUACAUCCACCUUCAAGGUUCAUGUCUUAACUGAAGCAUCAAGCCAAGUUACAGAUUUCUCAGGGUACAUACCCAAUGUGUGGUUAAGUCGCUGUAUGGACCUCCCCUCGGAACAAUCGAUGAGACUGGCUUUUGAGGGCCGUCUAUUUGCUUACGAUGCUCUCUAUCUGGACAAUGUCACUGUGGCCAAUCAACCUUGUGAAGGUUUCCCUAAUAUGCCCUGUACAUUUGAGGAUCCAUCAACUUGCCCGUUCAGUAUUGACUGUCCUCAAAAGCCUUCCUCAUUUAGUUGGAAGCUGUCUAAGAGCAUGGUUACUUAUUCACGUCCUGGUAGCAGUGGUAGUAAGACGAAUGUUAGGCUGGUUGGGGGUACGUCUCCAAACAAUGGGCGGGUGGAGGUGUUUUACAAUGGAGUGUGGGGGACCGUGUGUGAUGACUCGUGGGAUUACCGGGAUGCUGGUGUUAUCUGUGUCAUGCUGGGAUACCCCAGAGAAAAUGCUAUUGCGUAUUCCUCGGCAUACUUUGGUGCUGGCACUGGACAGAUUUGGUUGGACAAUUUAGCUUGUACAGGCACAGAGACUGACAUUGCUGACUGCCCUUACAUUAACUGGGGCUCUCACAACUGUGGGCAUUAUGAGGAUGCCGGCGUGGGUUGUUCAGGGACCAGAGAGAUUACGGUGGAUAAGGUACCUGCAACCAUUACAGACAGGCUGUAUCCCACAGAAGUGAUAAUGGUUGCUAAUGGGAGUCGGGGCGUGGCGGGGCAGGAGGCCACCUUCACUCUCCCCCUUAACACCAGCUCUGGGGACAUACUAAGGGUCCUGUUGAUGGUGACCCAGGGAUCUUGUGACAGCCACUCUGUCCUACAGAUCAAGCAAUCAAACGCACACUCUUCCUCUUUGCUGUGGACAUCCCAGAGGAAUGACCAAGAUUCCUGGCACUGGCUGUGCUUGCCUCUGCUGGACAACAUUGACGGUCAACUAGAGUUCAAGGCCAUCCACGGCAUGUCAUUCACGAAUGAUAUCGCUAUUGAUACAAUUUACGUCUCCAAGGAGAAGUGUCCACAUGCUGCAACUUGUUCUUUCGAAGUGGAGAAUGAUUGUGGUUAUUUGUUGGAAUCCAGCUCAUCACAGUUCCAAUGGACUUGGGGCAGAAUGGAAGGGAAUACCACAGUUAGGGACCCAACACGUGGCCUCUCAGGACACUACAUGUACACCCAGUCUUGUCACAACAGCCAGCUAGCUCGGGAAGGUGCCACCAGUAGUCUCGUCUCACGGCAGUUCCUGAUCUCGUCCAGUAUGCACCUGACCUUCUACUAUCUCCUCAGUGGCGCUGAUUCUGGUGUGCUGAGUAUGUCUCUGAAGUCUGAUUCCAAUUCUGCCGCCAGUAGAGUGUUCUCCAGAAGUGGCGACCGUGGGUUCAACUGGUACAAAGCCUGUGUGGAUAUACCAAGCAGUGAAAACAAUGUGUCCCUGGUGGUCACAGCAUCUCAAGGUCAAAGCUGCAACCAAACAUUUGCUGUGGACAAUAUUGUGAUGGAUGAAGGAGCUUGUCCUUAUCCACUGGUAGAUGAGAUGUGUGAUUUUGAGAAUCCUGACAUGUGUCGCUAUCAGUCCAACUGUACCAUUGGCUCCAAGUUCCAGUGGGCCAGAGGUUCUGGGGAGACACCCUCAAGGGAAACCGGCCCAUACCACGAUGGCAGUGGAAAUCCACUGGGUCACUACAUGUUUGUGGAGGCUUCAGAUGGACUACCUGGGCAUGUGACUUACCUGUGGUUUCCACCUCUGGAAACUUCCCAAAAUUCCAGCCUACAGUUUAAGUAUCAUAUGUAUGGUGACCAGACCGGGAAACUGUCUGUCCUGGCUGUGGACAGUACAGGAUCUUUAUCAGAACUUUGGUCCAAAACUGGAAGUCAGUGGCAAUACUGGCAUAAGGCUUGCAUCAAUAUCCCUGAACACUCUCAGUUUGUACCUUACUUUGUGGCAGAAAAAGGAAAUGGUCAUAGAUCUGACAUAGCACUGGAUGACAUCGUGUUACUGGACUCUGAAUGCUCAGAAGAGGCAUCAUUGAGUUGUGAGUUUGAAGAUGAAUUCCUUUGUGGAUACAUGAACAGUAGCCUCACCCCUUGGACUUGGGUACACUACUCUGAUACCAGCUACCAGUCAGCAGUACCAAACAAGACAGGUCACUACAUGAAGAGUUCCUCUGGAGACCCAGCCAUCUUGAUGUCACCAAGCUUUACGCUGGAUGGCAGCAAGAGCUGUGUGCAGUUCAGCUUCUUCUCUGACAAUGGUGCAAGCAACGCUUCCAUGUUAAUCCAACUGUGGGAGGAGUCAGAGCAGGCCACAAUGAGAACGGUCUGGAACAGGACUCGUGACUCUGACGGAUACUGGCAGAAUGGACAGUUCCAACUGCAUAUUCCUGCGGGAAAUUUCCGACUUGCAUUCCUUGGAGAGUCGAUAGAGGAUGGGUUUUUGGCUGUUGAUAACAUCACUUUGAUACAGGGAGAGUGUCCAAAACUAGCUUGCCCUGAUGGUUUCUUCAGCUGUUCAGAACAGUGUAUAUUAAAUGCCUAUGUUUGUGACAAAAUUCCUCACUGCGCAAAUGAAGAAGAUGAAACUUUGCACUGCGUACGAAGCAUAUCCUGUGAUUUUGAGGACAGCUACCACUGUGGCUAUAUCAAUGACACCUCCAAUUCUACCCCCCUGCAGUGGCUACAGAGUAUGGUGGUGGGUUACACUCUGGUUACUGACCACACCCACCAGUCUACCAACACCAGCACUCAGGGGUACUUCCUAGCUUUUCAGACCACAUACGGUUCUCCAGGAGGAAUACUGAAUGCUCCCAGAGAAAAUACAACAUCGCAAUCUUGCCUGAAGUUCUUCACUUUCGGGAAUAGAGAUCUGAGUGUCCUCAUAAGAAGGAAUGGAAAUCUUAGCCAGGUCUCUGUCCCAGCCAUCAACUCUAGCACCGUCUGGAGGCCAGUUCAGAUUCCUAUUCAAGCGGGAGUAUUGCAGGUCCAGUUUUAUUGGCCAUAUGUCUAUACUACAUCUAGUAACCCUAAGUAUGCUGGAAUCGAUGAUGUUACCCUGAUGAAUGGCACCUGUCCACCCAUUGAGUGCCCUGCCAGCAUGUUUACCUGUGGUACCACUUCAUGCUUACCUGUGGAAUACAGGUGUAAUCGUAGAAUUGACUGUGAAAAUGGGGAAGAUGAAUUAGGAUGUCCCUUCAACAUUACCUGUGACUUUGAGAGUAACAACUGGUGUGGAUACUCAGAUUUUACACGGUUUGGCCGGAGACAAGGAAACUUUUUUCAUCUUCCAUACGCAGACCACACUACUCAAACGUUAGAAGGUCACUACAUGUACUUCAGCAGUGAAUUCGGGGAGACAGCUAACAUCACCAGCCCGACGGAGUAUUUACAAGAUGGCUGCCUUUCCUUUUAUUAUAACAUGGAGGGUGGUCCAUCGGCUCAGCUUACUGUGUAUGUCAACACCGACGGCAAAAGCGAGCUACGUUUUAUCAAAGACGGUGUCGGCGUCCGUAGAGAUGAAUGGGUUCAGGGUCAAAUUCCAAUCACAGGAGGCCGGAUUUACGUGGAAUUCGCUGCCUAUGGCACGGAAUAUUUCUCCAAACCAGGAGUUGUGGCCCUUGAUGAUGUGAGAUAUGUUGAGGGAGAGAGCUGUCCAGAAAAGGCCUGUCUCUCAAGUGAGUUUGCCUGUAAUGACACAGGGACCUGUAUCCCAGGCUAUCUUACACGGGACGGUCUCGCUGACUGUGACGAUUCAUCAGAUGAACAUGCUGGCAAUGUUAGUGUGAGCCUUGUCCGUCUGGUAGGGGGUGUGGACCCGUCCUACGGUCGACUAGAGAUCAUGGAUGCCUCUGGUAUCUAUAAGUCUGUGUGUGAAUAUGGAUGGAGACACGAGCGGGAGUCUCAGGUGGUCUGUAGAGAGCUCGGAUACAGCCAAGCUGUAAGGACAUACAAUAGGUCUGAGUAUGGUUUGACCAGCCAGAGACUCUAUCAUGGACUUCAGUAUUUCUGCGGUGGAUCUGAAAGCUCUCUUGCCUUGUGUAGCCGUACCACUAGGUACUCCUGUGUCUACGGCAGCAAGUACAGCAAUGAGGCCCAGGUGUCUAUAGCCUGCUCCAACACAGAGUGUAUGUACGGAGAGAGGCCUUGCCAGCUAGGCGACAGCAAUACCACCUGUCUGGCUGACCAGUACUGGUGUGAUGGCAACGUGGACUGUCCCGGAGCUCAGGACGAGGAGAACUGUGGACAAUGUAAGGAGGAUGAGUUUGAAUGCCAGAAUCAUGAGUGUGUGCCUUUAUCUGGGAGAUGUGACUCCAUUAGCCAGUGUACAGAUGGAUCAGAUGAGUUCCGGUGUGUGCGGCCUUCCACUGAUACAGCGGGAGAGGUUAAGGUGUGGAAGGAUGGUGGUUGGAGGACUCUGUGUUACAAUCUCAUCACCUCACAGACUGCUGAGUAUUUGUGCAGCGUCACAGGAAGGGGCCGAAUAAUCAGUUACUCACAAGGGAGGUACAUGUUUGGAGGAUAUCAGGCUCUUCCAACAACCGACACAUCCUCCCUCAUCCCCCACCAUGAGCUACAGCCAGUGUAUGCCUGUAGUGCACUGUCGCUACAGUGUGGUUCAAUAGAGUGUGGCGUACCAAGCUUGAUGCCACAAACGCAGAACAUGGUCAUCUUUGGUAGAGAGGCCCAGAACGGGGAAUAUCCUUGGCAGAUUUCACUGUGGUACUCAGGUCGUCACAUCUGUGGGGGCUCCAUCAUUGACCCUCAGUGGGUGCUGACUGCUGCCCACUGUGUAGAUUUUGGCUCAGCUUAUUCGUUUUCUGUUAGAAUGGGCAAUGUUGACAAGAACCAAUUCAGUGUUGAUGGCCAGGUAAUUAGUGUUUCCCAGAUGUACGAACAUCCGGACUACACCUCUAGUUCCUCCCCAUACUAUGUUGAUAUGGCCCUCCUACGACUCGCCAGGCCCAUAUAUUACAAUAACAGGACACGCCCCAUCUGUCUAGCCACUCAGAGAGCAGGACUGCAAAACUGUUAUGUUACAGGCUGGGGGCACAGUCAUUUUGAAGGAUCAACAGCAAUUUCCCCAGACAUUCUACUGGAAACAAAUGUACAGGUCAUCAACAACACUCUCUGUCAAAAGAUGUGGGCUCCUGGCCUCACUGUUGUCCAGGAUACCGUUGUCUGUGUAGACAAUAGGGAACCCUUCUCUCCAGUCUGCAAUGGAGACUCUGGAGGUCCGCUGGUGUGUCAGGAUGAGAAUGGUCGCUGGAAGCUCCUGGGGGUGACCUCUCGCGGCUCCAGGGGCUGUGUACUGACGGACUACCGACCGGCAUUGUACCAAGGAGUGCCCAAUGCACUGGGCUGGAUCACUAGAAUCACAGGUCUGAGUUUUGGCUCCUCUGUAACACCAAAUCCUUACACUGGUACCUACCCCUCCACUACCCCAGCUAGCCCCAGUGUGAACACAACCUACACAAGGAAUGCAUCAGUACCCACAACAUCGGUCCCAACAGCAUCCCCCGCUCAACCAGAGGCAACUCCUCAAACAACUGCUGAACCAGUGGUCAAUACUGAACCCACUGCUGAACCAGAGGCAACUCCUCAAACAACUGCUGAACCAGUGGUCAAUACUGAACCCACUGCUGAACCAGAGGCAACUCCUCAAACAACUGCUGAACCAGUGGUCAAUACUGAACCCACUGCUGAACCAGAGGCAACUCCCCAAACAACUGCUGAACCAGUGGUCAAUACUGAACCCACCGCUGAACCAGAGGCAACUCCUCAAACAACUGCUGAACCAGUGGUCAAUACUGAACCCACCGCUGAACCAGAGGCAACUCCUCAAACAACUGCUGAACCAGUGGUCAAUACUGAACCCACUGCUGAACCAGAGGCAACUUCAGAAACUACAGAAUUGAUCCCUAAAUCAACAGUUCAAACAAUUGCAGAAACCACACCAGCCAAUAUAACGGCCCCACGAUAGUUUGGUGAUGCCUGAUCAAUAUUUGGUGCAGUUUGCAUUAGCAGUCCUGGUGCAAUCAGUUUGACUUGGACAUCUGUUGUCUUUGUUAAUGUACAGAUUUUGUUUUUUAUGAUCUGCUAUUGUAAACAUUAUUAUAUAUGCAACAUGUAUUACAAUUUGUUGAAGCUUUUUUUCUUACAAUUUGAUAUACAUUGUAUUUUUGGUGAGUAUUUUACACAUUUAAAUAUGACCAAAGAUGAUGAAGACCCACAGAUGUCAUAAAGAGUGUGGGAUUAUAUAGUCUAUAGGUACUUUAUGACAUGUCCUUUAUAUAUAAGGCACAGAUAUAUGAAUUGUUCCAAGUUUGUUUUGUCCCCAUGAAAAGUAUAGUAUAAACUAUCAUGAAAACUUUAUGUGUAAAUGAAUAGUAUUUAUUUUUAUACCUAUAUCAAAAUACUGUCUUCCGUUUCUUUCCUUUCGAUGCAAAUUGUGGAUAUUUAAACAUAUCAAUUUAUCAUUAGUUAUACAUGUAUUCUUAUUGCAACCACUUUUACUGGUUAAACUGAAUUCUAUAAAUAACAUGGGGUUUGGCCAAUUUUAACAUAAUUAGCAUGCAUAUUGAGAUAUUCCACUUCAGCAAUUUUCCAUAUAUUUUUCAUCAGGUGAAUAAAUAAUCAAGUUCUGGAUGCAGGUUGAAAAAAGAUUGAAGACAAAAAAAGUGCCAUAAUUUUUUUUUUAUACAAUUAUAUUGAAGUUAUUUAUAUUCAAGCCUAAAACCCACUAAACAUUUUUUCUAGGUUUAAUUCUAAACAAAAACUCAAAAAUUUGUGAUCUCAGAAACGGUUCAUUUGGAUAAUAUUUUCAAUAUGUUUUAUUUUACAUGAAGAUGUUAUAUACCCAGGUCGAUCAUUAUCUACCUGAAGCAUCAUUUCUGAUCUACUGAUGGGAGACUUAUGUGUUAUACUUUUUUUCACAUGUACUGAACAUCUAUACACUGAUUGAAUAAAAUAUAUUUUUAAUCAGA